CCUUAGCACUCGCCGUUCGAAAAUGGCGAGUGCAUUGGCGUCCUUCGUCAGUAAAGUCCAGGACUCGUACCCGUAGAGGACCACCGGACGUAUCAGUGUGCGAUAUAUCGCGCAUUUCGUGUGUUGCUGGAGUCUUCUGGAUCGCAGGAGUUUGUGGAGCCCGUAGUAGGCACGAUUUCCCUGAACAAUGCGCCUUCGGAUUUCGCUGCUUACGUUGUUGUCCGAAGUUACGAUCGUGCCAAGGUAGCAGAACUCCUCUACCACCUCGAGAUCAUCGCCGUCAACUGAUACUCUGCUUCCGAGUCGGGCUCUAUCACGGUCAGAGCCCCCGGCAAGCAGGUACUUUGUCUUCGUCGCAUUGAUCCUCAAUCCAAUCCUAGCGGCUUCGCGUUUCAGUCGGGUGUACGCCUCGCACACCGCCGCAGAUGUCCGCCCGAUGAUGUCGAUGUCAUCCGCGAAGCCAAGGAAUUGGAGAGUUCGGGUGAAAAUCGUGCCCCGGAUGUCGAAGCCCGCGCUUCGCAUGACACCUUCCAGAGCGAUGUUGAACAGCAAACAGGAGAGUCCAUCCCCUUGCCUCAGACCCCGGUGAGAUUCGAACGCUUCUGACAGCAUGUUUGUCACUCUCACUGUUGACAUAAACACCACGAGGCCAUAACUGACAGUCGGUAUGUUGUGAUAUGCCGAGUGACGUUUAGAGACCAGGACAAGAUCGAGCGCACUCACUCUGCUACCAAACAACAGAUGGCGCUAUCUAAGCAGGAGAAAGGGAUAACUGACGAAAACGGCAGAGGAGUACAACUAGAUAUUCCCGAAAAGGGACAAAUCAGAGAUCGGUCAAAGAAAGGGUCGACUGAGGCCAAAGACAUAAGAAGCGCGCUUGAACGAAAUCAAGGGCAGUAGCAAAGGAGAAACGGUGCAAAAGAAACGUUUUUAAAGUGAAGAAAAAUAAAAGCAAUUCUCGCUCUUAAAAGUUCUACUCGCGCCUUUUCUUUCAAAAUAUCUUUGCUAAGCGAUCGUCGCAACAAUCUUUAAAAACUUUUCGUUAAAAGUUUCGUGUUACCAAAAUGCCCGCGAAUAAGUGCGAGUGUAUAAUGUGCGAUUCGCCAAACGAUAUCGAUGACAUGGUGCAGUGUCAAGAGUGUAAAAAGUGGUGCCACUUUAGUUGCGCCGGAGUUGCUGAAAGUGUGGCAGAAGAGUACUGGGUGUGUGAAAAGUGCGUAGGGAAAGGGCCAGGACCGUCGAAGAAGACGAGGCGCCCGAAGAGCGAGAAAGCGAUGGCGGUUGCAGUAGGACCAAGCCAGUAGCCCGAUCCUCUUAAAAGUGCAGAGAGAUCGGAGUCGAUGCCUGGUACUAGCGAGGAACCAUCAGCUAAGCCUCUAAAAGUCCCUACCAUUGCCAAAAGCCAUUCGAGAAAAUCUGCCUCCAGCUCCUCACGUAUAUCGGCACAAGUGGCACUCCAACGUUUGGAGAAGGAGCAAGAGUUGCAGAAACAAAAACUGCUGGCGGAGAAGCAGAAAAUGGAAGCCGAGAUUACGGCAAAAAUGGCUGAAAUGCAACUGCAACAUCAAACGCUACAAAAUGCCUUGGAAGAUGAGCUGGAAAAUCUCUCAUUUUAUUCCUCCAUCGCCAAAACUGAUAGAACAGCUGAAUGGGUGAAGCGUCAGGAACAGAAACAGCGAGAAACAACGGCCAACCCAACAGUUCGAAAUGAAGCUGAACCCUCCUCGCAGCAGAAGCUGCAGGCAAGUUCGUCAACCCCGCUGGAGAUGCCUGCACGAACGACGGCGCAUAACAUUGCACAACCCAGAGAACUCCCAACGCAAUACAGGCAAUUGGUAAGCUCGUCAAUCCCGCUCGAAACACCCGUGCGGACAGCAGCGCAGAGCAUCGCGCGAGAUAUGUUUCCGAAAAAGCUACCAAUAUUCUCCGGAUGCUCAAAGGAAUGGGCAGUGUUUCUCAACUGUUACGAGGAGACGACAAAAGCUUGUGGCUACACGGACGGUGAAAAUACCAUCAGGUUGGUAGAAUGUUUAAGAGGCCCCGCUCGAGACGCCGUCCAGUCAAAGCUGAGGUUACCCAAUGCCGCGCCUCUCAUCAUCAAGCGACUAGAAAAGCUUUUUGGAAAACCGGCCCAGCUCAUUAGGCUGCUCACGGAUAACGCGAGAAAACUCGAUCCACCGAAACCCGAACAACUGAACAGCCUGAUCACGUUCGGCCUAGAAGUGAUAAACCAGUGUGACCACCUAACGCUUAGCAACAUGCAAAGCCAUUUCAACAACCCCGAGCUAUUGGCGGAUCUGGUGGAAAAACUACCGGCUACAAGAAGGCUAGAAUGGUCUCGGUAUAAAAACCAAUUUGCCGAACCAACAUUGAAGCAUUUCGGAGAUUUUAUGGAGGCUUUGGUAGAUGACGCAUGCGACGUUACCGCUUAUGUUCCCCCCCGAACAGAUAACUCAAGGAGCUCUAGAAGUUUCCAUUCACACGUCCACGCACGACCUGCUGAAACGGAACCGACUACGAGUGUUCCGAAUGCUCCUCUACCCAGCCACGUCAAGUGUCUAUUUUGCGCCAUACGUGGACACGUUGUCAAACACUGCGAGGUGUUUAAACGGUUGAACGUGGACGAGCGAUGCGAAAACGUGGCGAAACUUCAACUCUGCUCGACCUGCCUCAAUAAACACGGGUCCAAACCGUGCCGAUCGCGAUUCCUGUGUCGUGUCCCAGGAUGCAGCGAACGACAUCAUACCUUGCUGCACCGUGGCCAGAACACAUAUCGAGAGGUGCACUACCAAGCGCAUCACCUCUCGAAACAAUCGGCAAUCUUUCGCAUCGUUCCCGUGACUGUCUACAAUAAUGGAAGAGCCGUAGAUGCAGUAGCCUUCCUGGACGAGGGAUCAUCAGUUACCCUUGUGGAAGCGGACCUGGCUCUACAAUUGGGGCUCAACGGAGAGGCAGAUCCAUUGGAGCUUUGUUGGACGUCUGACGUAUCCCGGAAAGAAGAAGCGUCUCGCCGCGUGAGCUUCGAGAUAUCAGCGAAGGGGGGAGGGCGACGCUACAAAAUAGCGGCCGCCCACACCAUAAACAAGCUAAGUCUCCCGUCUAAUAACUUUAAUUACGACACACUGAUAAGUACUUUUACUCAUCUACAGCACCUUCCGACAACAUCGCUGGAGACGGCAAGACCCACCCUGCUAAUCGGACUCAGCGAUGUGAACCUGAUACGGCCACUGGAGACACGGUUCGGACAGCCCGACGAGCCCAUCGCUGUGAAAAGCGUCCUAGGCUGGGCCAUCUACGGCCCAAACAACGAGAGUGCUACAAAGAUGAUGCUGGGAAUCCAUCAAAUCCAGCGUCAACUGGAGGAAUGUUCCUGCGUCGACUCCCGCGAAGGGGGAACAACAAGCGGUCCUUUCCCUGAGGCCCCACACGAAAACUCCCGCGGAACCCAUCGCGAAGAGGGAGUGAAUGAAGCUACUCAGGAAGGUCACACAUCUGCACAACAAUCGGUAGCUCGGCUGGAACAAAAGAAAAACUGCGUACAAUACCCGAUCUAGCAAGUGCCUUACGAAGUAGCUACCAGCGAAUGAUAAUCCUCUCCGAGGCUAUGUGGGAUCGUUGGUUGAAAGAAUACAUACCAACACUGAACCGUCGAACCAAAUGGCUAAAACCCUGUAAGCAGCUUCAAAUAGGGGAUCUAUGUUUCAUAACUGAAGGUCCGAGGAAGGAAUGGUUACGAGCGAUAGUGGAAGAAACGUUCCCAGGGAAAGAUGGUAUCGUUCGACAAGCUUUAGUCCGCACUGCCACAGGUAAAAUGCUAAAGCGUCCCACAGUUAAGCUAGCAGUAAUAGAUGUUGAAGUAGAUCAGGAGCAACACCACCAAAAAGCUCAGCAGGGAUAAUACCGGAAACAGAAGUAGUGAACGGCAAACUCGUGCAAGCAGAUGCGUUCACGGGGUAGAGAAUGUUGACAUAAACACCACGAGGCCAUAACUGACAGUCGGUAUGUUGUGAUAUGCCGAGUGACGUUUAGAGACCAGGACAAGAUCGAGCGCACUCACUCUGCUACCAAACAACAGAUGGCGCUAUCUAAGCAGGAGAAAGGGAUAACUGACGAAAACGGCAGAGGAGUACAACUAGAUAUUCCCGAAAAGGGACAAAUCAGAGAUCGGUCAAAGAAAGGGUCGACUGAGGUCAAAGACAUAAGAAGCGCGCUUGAACGAAAUCAAGGGCAGUAGCAAAGGAGAAACGGUGCAAAAGAAACGUUUUUAAAGUGAAGAAAAAUAAAAGCAAUUCUCGCUCUUAAAAGUUCUA